GAGUGGUCGGCUAAUAAGGAAUGUCUCGAGGCGAUGAGCGAGCUCUUCAGUUGAGAGGCCGAUCGCGUCUGGCAUUAACGUCUUAUUGGGUUCUAUUUGAACGUCAAGAUUGACACCUCGCGAGUUCAUCUGCUCAUAACACGGUACAAUAGACGCAGUUGUUGUUAACGUGCAUCUAGAUUCAGAUCACCGUGCUUACACGACAAGUUCUUUAACAAGGCUUCAAAGCUCCGGUCUUUUUACAUCUGUAAGUUACUGACCUAGAAACGCUUUACAGAGCGUGUUAGGAAGAAGCUAUUUCUCAUCAAAGACCGUGAACAUUAAUAACAUUUUAUUGGACUCGCCUUUCAGCGGCUUAGCUGCAGGGUCGAAUACGUUUAGAACUCAAGCUAGAAAUAUCCCUUCCGAAGAAAUUAUUGCCAAAUUAAGGACCGCAUAGCACAGAAAAGGGGGCAAGCUAAUAACAAAGCUGGUAGACGAAUCGACGGUCUUCAACUACGCCGUGUCUUAGCCCGAUCACCGAUUGAUUGUCUUCACCCCGACCAUGAAUUCAACAGUUGAGCAAGCGCGGAACGCCACCCAUCAGUACUAUCAAUACUGUCGCUAUAACUACGAUCUGACAUUGCAAGUGGUUCUGACGUUCGCUUACGCCGUCAUCUUCCCUAUUUCGUUGCUAGGUAACUCAUUGGUGUUGUUUGUGGUGUAUCGUCAUCACACUCUGCGUAACGCUCUCAACUACUUGAUCGUGAACAUGGCCAUCGCCGACCUCCUUGUGACGAUCUUCACCAUGCCCUACUCCGUCAGCUAUCUCUAUAUACAAAACAGGUGGUUUGGCGGCGUCUUCGGGGAGAUUCUUUGCAAAGUCGUUCAGUCAGCCGUGGCGAUUUCGAUCGCUGCAUCAAUCUUCACCCUAACCACCAUCACCAUCGAUAGAUUCAUCAGUAUAGUGUACGUAUGGAAGCAGACCUUGACUCUGGGGACGUCUAAAUUAGCGUUGGUGCUGAUAUGGGUGUUCUCCGUUGGGAUGUUUGGUUUUUACUUUCGCGCUUAUCGCGUCAAUAAAAGCGCCCGCGGUCUUUCGUGUGACCCCAAGUACGACUUCGCCCCCGAGGAAUUCCCGAAGUACUUCGCCGUGUGCAUGUUCGUGUUUCUUUACGCGGUCCCAUUGGCCCUGAUGGCGGUGCUCUACUCGAUUAUCUGCCGGAAGCUUUUCAAGAAGGAGAUGGGGGGUGGCGGGGACGAGCAGAUUAACAACAAGAAGAAACGCGUCAUCAAGAUGCUGAUCACGUGCACCAUCUUCUUCGCGAUCUGCUGGCUGCCGCUGCACGUGCUGCACUUCCUUAUCUACUUUGAUCUCAUGUCCUUCCUCUGCUCGCCGUUGUUUUUAAGACUUUUCGGCUUCUGGCUUGGCCACGCCAACAGCGCUCUAAAUCCGAUUCUCUAUGUGAUUUUCAACAAGACUUUCCGAAAGGCGUUCCUGAACGCCUUGCAUAUCAAAGCCUUCGACAGUUUAAACUCGACAGCUGGACCGACCACACGACGAAGCACGUUGCGCAAACAAGCCGUCUCCGGCCCAGAAAACAAUAACAAGCGCUGCGAUCGGAGAAGCCCGGGCAGGUUUCGGAUGCCAUUCGUGAAGGUUUACGCGAAGCUGAGAAAUGGAGGAAGCGAAGAAGACCCGAGCGAGCCUUCGAGUAUUGAUAAAAGAAAAUCGACCAUGGUCGUGUCGGAAAGAAUGACUUGUUUGUGAUGCCGGAAGUACUUCGGUAAUAUUCGGAAACCCGUCGUGAAGGUGUUCGCCAAGGGAGCGAAGAGAAACUGAGGGAACCUUCCAGUAUUGA